AUAUUAUUUGACGAACACGAAGAUGGCAGACGCCGGCGGUCCCUACAUGGCCUUCCCCAUCGCGCCGCGCCAGAACGUCUGUGCGCUCGUGACGGCCGCGCCGCUCCAGGUGGCCUCGCGCCUCUUCGGCUGCUUCGGGCUCAAGCUGCCCGGCGCCGCCGAGGCCAUCGUCCUGCAGAGCGGUCGCUCCGUCGUGAUCGACCACGAGAUUGCCGAAGGCGGCUUCUCGUACGUCUACCAAGUCCAUGACACGGAGACGCUGGAGCGGCUCGCGAUGAAGAAGAUCAUGUGCCAGUCGACCGAGCAGCGCCAUGGCGUUGUGCACGAGAUGGGCGUCCACAAGAAGUGUCGCCACAAGCACUUGAUGCCGCUUGUGGACUACACGGUGACGCACUCGCCGCUGCCCGACCAAAGCACGUACUAUCUCCUCUUCCCGCUUGUCGAGAAUGGCUCGUUGCGGCAGUACAUCGACUCGUACCGCGCGCGGCAAGCCUACAUGCCCGAGCGGGCGCUCCUCGACAUCUUUACCAAGGUCGCCACUGCCGUCUUGUUUCUGCACAGCCAGGAGCCGGCGCUCGUCCAUCGCGACAUCAAGCCGGAAAACGUGCUUUUGAACCACGACCUGGAGCCGCUUUUGACCGACUUUGGCUCGAUUGUGGAAGGCGACAUCAAGAUCUCGACCCGCGGUGACGCGCUCAAAGCUCAAGAGACAGCGUCGAUCCACAGCUCCAUGGCCUAUCGCGCUCCAGAGCUCUACGAUGUGGCCACGGGUGCCGUCCUGACGAGCCGCACCGACGUCUGGGCCAUGGGCUGCUUGCUGUACGCCAUGGCGUUUGGCUACUCGCCGUUCGAGUGCUCGAUCUCGGACGCUGGCCAAAUCAAAGUCAUUGAAGUCACCUACCUUGGCGUGCUGGGGCGGUCAAGUUUCCGUCGCAGUCCAUCUACUCGCCGCUGGUGAUGGAGCUCAUCACGUGGAUGCUCACGAUCGAUCCGACGGAGCGGCCGAGCAUGCAAGACGUACUCGCACGGCUCGAGCGCGCGCCGUGAGCGCCACGUCCGCGCGACGCACAAGUCUGUAAUUGCUCGUUUUGAUCGCAUAUAUCAUUCUCCUCUUGAUACUGCAGUCGAUCUCUGCCA